UUUGGCCGAAGUUUGGUUCGAACUACUUCGUCAGGCUGCUACUGGCUCGAUCCGGCAUUCUGACCUGCUACGUCCGACCAAGCCGUGCGGGCAACAUGCUGCGCGUCGCGGCCGCCUCGGCGUCUCUGCUCACGCUCUCUCAGGCACGCCGCCCCCUGUCUGAAGUGGAGACGCUCUUCGGAGCGUUCAAGGCCCAGUUCUCCAAGGAGUACGAGGCCAUGGAGCACAAGGCGCGUCUCGAGGCGUUCGCGGACAAUCUCGAGUUCAUUGAGAGCGAGAACGGGAAGGGCCUCAGUUACACGCUGGGCCUCAACCAUUUCGCGGACAUGACCAGCGAGGAGUUUGCGAUGAGCUACAUGGGGUACAAGCCCUCGAAGAAGCCCUGGGGUGGGCUCCCGUACCUGGGCAGCCAUGAGGUUGGCAACGAGACGCUGCCGGACUCCGUCGACUGGACCCAGAAGGGAGCCGUGACUGCAGCAAAGAACCAGGGCCAGUGCGGUUCCUGCUGGGCGUUCUCCACCACGGGGGCGCUCGAGGGUGCGCUUGCCAUCGCUAGCGGCAAGCUCGUGUCCUUGAGCGAGCAGCAGCUCGUUGAUUGCUCGAAGAAGUUCGGGGAGAAUGGCUGCGGAGGGGGCAGCAUGGACGGUGGCUUCCAGUACGCGGAGAGCGCUGGCUUUUGCACGGAGGAUUCCUACAAGUACAAGGCGAAGAACGGCAUUUGCCAGGCCACCAAUUGCGACGUUGGCCUGCCGAAGGGCAGCGUUGUCGGCUUCAAGGACGUCAAGACCUUGGACACCGCUUCGCUGAUGAGCGCGGUGGCACAGCAGCCAGUGAGCAUCGCCAUCGAGGCUGACAAAAUGGUUUUCCAGCUGUACCGCAGCGGCGUGCUCACUGGAAACUGCGGGACCAAGCUCGACCACGGAGUGCUCGCGGUGGGCUAUGGCACGGAGGGCGGGAAGGACUACUGGCUGGUGAAGAACAGCUGGGGGCCCCAGUGGGGCAUCAACGGCUACCUGAAGAUCCUGCGCGGCGGCGUCGCGAAGGAGGGGGAGUGUGGCAUCCAGAUGGACCCCUCGUACCCCGUCGUGAAGACGGCGGCCCCGGUGCUGGCCGACCUCCUGGUGUAAGCUGGAGGGGGAUGCCUCGGUGGCUGGCGGCAUGCCUGCGCGAUGUCGCGGCGGCCGCAGCCGCAGUGGGCGCCCGCGGGGGCGCCACGUCUUCGAAGGCCAUCUAGAGAAUACAUGCUGCCGGGCCACAUCUAAUUCGGAAAAAUCCCAUAUUGUACAUAGUAUAGUUGCUUGCGCGGGCCAGGGAGCCCGAGAAGAGAUGUGCCGCUCCCGGAGGAGCUGGAGGAGGGCCAGAUCCGCAGGGCGCUGGCUGCACCAGCACCGUGCCUGGCCAGGACCCUCUGGCCCCGAGGCGGGUGUGCAGACCCUCCUGGCCCCGACCCUUCCGGGGCCAAGGCUGUGAGCGGGAGGACAAAUCCGUCCCAGAGCGUCCCUGAACGCACUCAGAGCGUUCCGGAACGCUCUGAGGUGGCCCCGUGGCGCCCGAGACAUCCUCCCGAGCCGCCGCAUCCUGGAGCUUCUCCAUGGAUCCCCGCCCGAAUCUGGCCUCGUCCUGGCUUCGUCUCACAGGGUUCGGCGCUGGUCGGGCAGGGUGGUGGAGGAGCAGGUGCCUCCUGCGUGCCCGAGGGCCGGCGAGGAGGGAGGCCUCCCUGGGGGGAGCGGAUCGGCGCAGUGGCGCUCCGCGAGGGCCCGGCCUCUCUCUCUCUCGGAGCAGAGGCCCGCCCGGAGGCCGCCCUCGCCGAUAGCGGGCCGGCUGCGCCGAGGGGCGCGGCGGCCGCAGAUCUGCGCUUUUGCUCGCGUGUGUCCAGGCCUCCCACAUGGGGGCGGAGCUCGGAGGAGAAGAAGGUCAUUACCCAUUACCCAUGCCGCUGCCCUUCGACCGCUCUCUCCCUUUUGGGGCCUCCUGGGAGGCCCUCGUCGCCACCGCUGGGUUCGCCUCGACGUUCUCGUCGGAGCGCGCCCCGGGAGAGGUCCGGGGAGCAGCAGCAUCGGUGCCUUCGGGCCUCCCCCCACGGGGUCGGCGUGUAGAGGGGGAUCGGAGGAUCGCGCCACAUCCCCGAUGCGGCUCAACCCAGUGUCGCCAAUGCCCGACUAAGAAGCCUUCCCCGCUCCCCCUGCCCCCCCUUGUGCGCGCCGCCAACCGCCCUCGCGGCUCUGCCGCGGCGGGUGCGGGGACGCCCACCUGCCUGCCUGCGCGGGCGCGCCUCGGACGCAGGAGCGCGAAAACGGGCGGACGGUCGAGGUUCGAGGACAGUCGUCUUUGACAGCUGUUCGCCCGUCCUGGGCAUCUUCGCAUCUUCACGCCCUCAC